GCCGAGCGGCGGGAGAUGGGCGGGCGGCUUGCCAUUGGGUGGCAGCGCGAUGCUGGCGAAUGUUACAACAUGGCGAGGCUGAGGCGCGGCUGCUGCGGCUGCAUCCUGACGGCGCUGUUACUGCAGUCGGCGGUGCCCGGGGCCGGGGCCGGCGCCGGCGCCUUUCUCAUCUCGGGGCUGCGGCUGGAGGACGCGGCCGAGAUGCCCGAGGCGCGGCCGUCUCUGGUGGCGGCGCUGGCCGCCUCUCAACCUGACGCGCUGCAGGUGACCGAGGACAGCACGGUGAGGCUGCGCGUCUUUGGCACCAACUUGGGUCGCGACGCGUGGAGACUGCUGGCGUUCGCCGAGGCGGAGGGCAACGCCAGCCAGGCCGGCGGCGGGCUGUGCCCGCACCACUCCAAAGACAUCGAGGUGCAGCGGCAGGUGGAGGUGAGCCGCGACUCCUCGGCUGUGCUCAGACUGAAAGUCAGACCACUCCGCAAGAACGAAGAGUUCCGGUUGUUCAUGCUGUGCACUUGGAACGGAUCGGCGUGGAUGCUCCACCCGGGCAACGACACUCGCAUCGUGGUGCUGGAGCUGCGGGAGCCGCUGAUGCCGCUCUGGCUGCACAUCGUCCUCACCUUGUUCCUGCUGGCUCUGUCGGGAAUCUUCAGCGGCCUCAACCUGGGCCUCAUGGCGCUGGACCCCAUGGAGCUCCGGAUCGUACAGAACUGCGGCACUGACUCGGAGCGCCGCCACGCUAAGAGCAUCGAGCCGGUGCGCCGCCAGGGCAACUACCUGCUGUGCUCCCUGUUGUUGGGCAACGUCCUGGUCAACAGCACCCUCACCGUGCUCCUGGACGAGCUGCUGGGCUCCGGCUGGGUCACCGUGGUGACUUCCACCAUCGGCAUCGUCAUCCUGGGCGAGAUCGUGCCUCAGGCGCUCUGCUCCAGACACGGCCUGGCCGUGGGUGCCAGAACCAUCGUCCUGACCAAGCUCUUCAUGCUCCUCACCUUCCCCCUGUCCUUCCCAAUCAGCAAGUUCCUGGACCUUAUCCUGGGCCAGGAGAUCGGCAAGGUGUACAGCCGCGAGAAGAUCAUGGAGAUGCUGAAGGUGACGGGGCCGUAUAAUGGGCUGGACAAGGGAGAGCUGAACAUGAUCCAGGGUGCUCUGGAGCUGAGGAGCAAAACGGUGGAGGAUGUCAUGACCCCCAUCCACGACUGCUACAUGGUGAACAAGGACACUAUUCUGGAUUUUAGUACAAUGUCUGAGAUCAUGGAGACGGGUUACACUCGGAUUCCUGUGUACGAGCAGGAAAAGUCCAAUAUUGUUGAUAUACUCUACGUGAAGGACCUGGCUUUUGUCGACCCUGAUGACUGCGUCCCCCUUAAGACCAUAACCAAAUUCUACAACCACUCUUUGCACUUUGUCUUCUAUGACACCAGAUUGGAUACAAUGUUGGAAGAGUUCAAAAAAGGGAAAUCACACCUGGCGAUUGUACAGAAGGUGAACAGUGAAGGUGAGGGAGAUCCCUUCUACGAGGUGCUGGGACUCGUCACGCUAGAGGACGUCAUUGAAGAAAUCAUCAAAUCGGAGAUUCUUGAUGAAUCAGAUUUGUACACUGACAAUCGAAGUAAAAAGAAAGCUGUUCAUUAUGGCAAGAAAAGGGACUACUCUGCCUUCAAGCCAGAUGUUAAUGAGGUGCAGAUUAAGGUCUCCCCUCAGCUGCUGCUCGCUGCUCAUCGUUUCUUGUCCACAGAGGUCAGUCACUUCAGCACUGCACAUUUCUCGGAGAAGAUCCUCCUCCGUCUCCUUAAGCAUCCUGACGUCAUCAAUGAGAUUAAGUUCGACGAGGACAACAAGUAUAGUCCGGACCACUAUCUCUACAUUCGAGGUAGACCAGUUGACUACUUCGUGCUUAUUUUACAGGGCAAAGUAGAGACGGAGGCUGGAAAGGAAGACAUGAAGUUUGAGACUGGCCCUUUCUCCUACUACGGCACCAUGGCUCUCGGCAGCUCGCUCGUGGAGACCCGUUCAUCCUCUCGCAACAGUGAGUUGAAUCGUUCUAUGUCAUUACAUCAAGCUGAGCGCUCGGAGUCGUCGGGGUCCAUUGUACCAAGCUCCAUGGGUGGUUCAGUACAUUAUGUCCCGGACUUCUCUGUCAGGGCAAUAAUGGACCUGCAGUUUAUGAAGAUCACCUGGCAGCAAUAUCAGAACGGAUUGCUAGCCUCGAAGCUGGACAGCACCCCACAGUCCCCCGAGAACCCGCACACCAAGAUCGAAAUCACGCCAUCAGCGAAGCCCCCGAGUAUAGUGGAUGAAACCACGUCCCUGCUGAACGAGCAGAACUCUUCGGACCUUAAAGCAAAACACACUUCAAUAGAAAAUAAUAUAUGACCCCUUCCCCCCCCCCUCCUCUCAAGCUCUGGUACUUGAUGCUGGGCACUGAAAACAAACAGGUGUCGGUGCGACUUCGGUGCUGUCUGAGGGCAGGGAAAAGGAGCAUCCCUGAACUAAGCGGAGGCAGUAGGAAGAUGCACCAUAGUCCCGAGAGUAUGGAUCGAGGGGAGCUGCAAUGGGUGGGUGGUGGGGACCAUGCAGAAGAAUGAUGAGAUAAUGAUCUCCCUUGCCAAAGAUGUGAUCCUUCAAUGGUUCUUUUUCCCUCUAUUUAUGAUAAUGUCAAAGCUGCACUAUUGGAGAUGGACGAUGAGGCUUUGUGCUGGCCAUUGUCUGUGGUGAUUACAAUCCAGUUGCCCAGGAUCCUGUGUUGCUGGCCAGGACUUGAACUGAUACCUGUGGUUGAAGUCAAGGGCACUUGCGGCUAAUGGACUCCCAAUUGUUUGUUCCUCAGUUUGGUCGUGGUGUCACCUGAAGGAUGUUUGUUUUCAUUCCAGACCUCCUCUCCCUGUCACCCGCCUCACCUCCCCCCCCACCCACCCAACCAUUUCACCACCUUCUCUUCCACCCCUCGAAAGCACAGUCCAUCCUAAUCAGAACCAGAUCCUCUGUCUGUAACUGUUGUAUACAGUGAAGUAUUACCAGGAGAGCUUCUCCCAUUUUCUCACCAGAAGCCCUACAGAUAGUGGAUCAUUAAGAUACCAUGGAAAGCAGUAUUCAGGGGAGCAUUCCAGAUCUUUGGAUUUCAUAACCCCGCCCCCUUACUGCUUCUGAUGUCAUGACCCACCCCUUUCUGCUUCUGACGUCAUGGCCCACCCCUUUCUGCUUCUGAUGUCAUGACCCCACCCCUUUCUGCUUCUGAUGUCAUGACCCCACCCCUUUCUGCUUCUGAUGUCAUGGCCCCACCCUCUUUCUGCUUCUGAUGUCAUGACCCGCCCCCUUUCUGCUUCUGAUGUCAUGGCCCCACCCCCUUUCUGUGUAUGAUGUCAUGGCCACACCCUCUUUAUGCUUCUGAUGUCAUGGCCCCACCCUCUUUCUGUUUCUGAUGUCAUGGUCCCACCCUCUUUCUGUUUCUGAUGUCAUGGCCCCACCCCUUUCUCCACAACCCCCUUCCCUGUGAAAUUCAGCCCUCACCGUCUCCCUGGUCACUGGAGUUGCCUGUUGUCCUGAUGAGGUCAUUGAGCUCGGAGGUUAGUGGUGAUGAUGGAGUUGGUCGUCAAAUAUAAUGGGAUUGCUUUGAAAGUUUGAUGGAAAGUAGCAAUUUGUCUGAGACAUUAGUCCAGCUCGUGUCUUGGAUUUGUUUUUUUUUUGCGCAUUGUGAACCAUUGACCAGAUGUUGGUGUUCAGCAACAAUCAAAACAAAGCUAUAUAUUUUGUCUUUUAUUUAUUGGCUAGUUUUAGGGAGCACAGCCAGCCUGUGUUUUUCUCCCUGUACAUGCAGGUGUAUGACCUCGUUCAGGUAAUUCCCUUGAGGAUCAGGUCAGACCAAAGAACAAAGGUGGCUUCUGCGGGUUGGAAACCAAAUGAAGUGCUUUCCUGAGAGAGCUUAACGUGGAACAGGAGACCACCUGGAACGCCCACCCUGUGUAAAGGCGUCUGAGAAGAAAAAGCCUCUCGUUUUGGACAGAACCUAUCAGGAGUAGAGAACACUUAGAAUUCCAUUUUAAAUGGAGGCGAAGAAUAUUCGAUCAAUGCUUGGUGGUCUGAAAUAUGAAAUCUUGAGGCCACUUUUGUACUUUUUUUGUUAUUACCAAAAUCUCGGGUUCAUUCAGGUUAAUUUCUACACCAUUCCUGGCCGUGUUAACAAAAUUCCUGCUGGGUCUAAAACAACCCUUCCAAUUGCAAAUUGUGAGAUGAGUUGAUUGUACCAGCCUGGAUUGGUACACCGUGCCACCCACACUGCCAGGAGUUGGAUGGCAUUUAUUUACCAGGCACAGGUCGGGUAUUAAAUGAUCACAAGUACAUGGAUCAGUUGUGCAAUGCGAAGUUCUCAGAUGAAUAUAAAAAUUGGCAUAAUCUCAGGAGUGGAGACUUGCAUUGUAACACUUUACCAUUGAUUUUUACACGUGUAUGUAUAUUAUGCUCUUCAGGUUGGCUCGUGUCUUCCAGUUUGUACUCCAAGCUGACUUUUUGAUGAAAAUGUUUAUAUUGAUGGUGAUGAACUUUUGGUUACAGGACAUGGGCUAACACACAACCCAAUGAGGUAUGGCAUUUUGUGGUGGGUCUGCCCUGUGAGCCAUUCCCUUACACCAUGGAGAGCUAUGAGUGGGUGGGUUGUACAGGUAUGUCAUUGCACUUGCUGGUGCAAGGUUGGGGCCUCUUUGUUGCCUAGACAAGUUUGCCAUUGUGACUAAAAUACACUUGUGCAGUAUAAAGACACUGUAAUCUUUAUAAAUAUCUGGAAUAGUUUUAUUUGAGACAGGAGGAAAGGGAACACUUUUUUUAAACUCAACUUGGUUUUAAGAUUAGCUUUAUUUGUAAUAUGUAUAUCGAAACCUACAGUGAAAUGCGUUGUUUGCAAAUCAGCGACCAAGACGGUCUGGGGCCAGCCUGCAAGAAGCUGCCAUGUCUCCGGUACCAACAUAGCAUGCCCACAACUGGAGCACCCGGAGGAAAUCCACAGAUAGCAGCGGAAUUGAACCCGGAAUGCUGGCACUGUAAAUCACUACACUACCAUGCCAGGUUUUGGAAAAAACUUGCUUAUAAAUAGAAUGUCUGUGAAGCACAUGCCAUGAUGUCCUGUUUAUUUAAUUGAAUCUCAUCAAUUCUCACACCACUCUGGUCCUCACCUUGUUCAAUGGUCAGGUUGAUACUACAAAGCUUUAAAAUGUGUUCCUCCUCAUCAGGAGCAGGGGGGCAAAGGAUGAAAAUUGUGCACUAAGAAAAGGGCAAUCAUUUCUCAGUAGUUUUUAGAAUUCUUUUUAUAUAUAUAUAUAUAUAUAUAUAUAUAUAAAUCUAUAUAUUAAAAUGAGUGCUUUGGAUGUUUGUAAUAAACAGAUUUUGAUAACUACAUUGAGCAUCAGAGGGUGCAGGAGGCAAGGAAGGAGGGGGAAUGAACAGCUUUAAUCUCUUGGCUCCUUUGAGAGCCACAGAAAGGUCCGUACAGAUGGAAACACUAACAAACUGGAGUCAGAGGCAGGUGACGCCACAUUCCCAAUCUGGACUUGUUUGUGGAUGGAAUUCCUCUGGCUCUGUGUUCAGGAGACAAUUGAGUUGGGAAAUGCGGCCUGAACCCAAUGGGUAGCGGCACUCUGUAAUAUUUAUUUCGUAAUGAAGUUUUAAUUUGUAUAUUUUUGUGACGUGUCUCCUUUCAUGAAUUGUUUGCAUUAAUGUUUUCUGUCUUUCCAAGUGUUUUAUAAACCAAAUGCUGAACCAACUAUUAUGUACAAUUCCUUUGCUCUGGAACAAUUCCAUUUUUUUGGGGGGGGGUUUGUGCUGCCUGCCAUUUUGAAGAGGACUAUUGAUGAUGAGACAUAUCUUCUCAUGAUAGAAUGGCAGAGCAGAUUCGAUGGGCGGGAUAACCUAAUUAUUCCCCUCUGACUGAUUUAUUAUAUACUUUGCCAAUGGAAACUCAGUUUGUUUCGAGACCAGCGAGUUUUAUUUUGUCUACUUCCAAAGAGAUGUGUCAAAAAUUUUGCUCAAAUGUGUUGAGGUGAGUUUUAGUAAGCAGGGAGUGUUAAUCUAGUUUCCUCAUUCUCGUGGUGAGUGCAUGCUAUGAGAAUUUGUGCGUAAAGUGCUUUCUUCUCUAAAUUUGUUAAAAAUUUGUUUUGGGAGUGUGUUAUAUAUUUCUCAAUUAAAAUGGAUUUUAAUCCUUGG